UCACACCUUGCUUACAACGCUGUUUUCCGCCUAUUCUUCCUUACCUCAAUCUCGUUCCUCUCUCUGUGCUCACCCUUGCGCGCUGAGUGACGUCUUUCACGUCAAUGUCCUCACUUGCGUCUGCCUUUCUUCCGGGAUCGGUCGCCAAGCCAUAUAACUACUAGUACAAUCCUCCCUUAUCUAUGACGGCGGGCUCAAGACCCGCUAUCUCCACUGACCAAGACCGCUACCGCUACCACCCCGAAGUUCGCAUCCCACGCAUGUGCGGAGUAAGACAACAACAAUGGGGAAAGAGGGGCCCAUUGUAGGCGGUAGAUGACCACGGGCGACCGGCCGAAGGGGCUUACCUACCCCGAGGUGCUUAUAUUAAACGUCAGGGGCUGCCCGCCGGCACGCUUAUAGGCCCUUCCCCCAUUCCUCUACAAACAAACCGUCUCUGCCUUGUUGGAUCACCUCAGCAUUCGCGCUACCUACACCACCCGAAAAUGUCGGCUGUCCAGCUUCCCGAACCCUUCGCGGGCAUCCCGCGCGAGGUCCUCACGUUCGGCCCCUCUCCAAUCCAACACCUUCCCCGCAUCUCGCAGGCGCUCGGUGGGCAGGUGAACGUCUACGCCAAGCGCGAGGACUGCAACUCGGGCCUGGCCUACGGGGGCAACAAGACACGAAAGCUCGAAUACCUGGUCGCAGAGGCCCUCGCGCAGGGAUGCGACACGCUGGUGAGCAUCGGCGGCGUGCAGUCGAACCAUACGCGGCAGGUGGCGGCGGCGGCGGCCAAGCUGGGGCUGGGCGUCGCGCUCGUGCAGGAGCACUGGGUCGACUGGCACGACCCGGGCUACGAGCGGGUCGGCAACAUCCAGCUGUCGCGGCUGAUGGGCGCCGACGUGCGGCUGGACCCGUCGGCCUUCGGCAUCGAGCACAAGCAGACGCUGGCCAGGCUGCGGGACGAGCUGGCGGCCCGGGGCAAGAAGCCGUACUACAUUCCCGCGGGCGCGUCGGACCACCCGCUGGGCGGGCUGGGGUUUGCGCGGUGGGCGUUGGAGGUGGAGCAGCAGGAGCGGGAGCUGGGCGUGUUCUUCGACACCGUGGUCGUGUGCGCCGUGACCGGGUCGACCAUGGCCGGGAUGGUUGCCGGGUUCAAGCUGGCGCAGAAGAAGCUGGGGUCGCGGAAGCGGAGGGUGGUGGGGAUCGAUGCGUCGGCCAAGGUGAAGCAGACGUUUGAGCAGGUGUUGAGGAUCGCGAAGAUGACCGCGGCGAAGAUUGGGUUGGACGAGGGCGACAUCACGGAGGCGGACAUCAUCCUGGACGACCGCUACCAUGCGGGGACGUACGGCAUCCCGGACGAGCAGACGAUCGAGGCGAUCAAGUUCGGAGCGCGCACGGAGGCGUUCAUCACGGAUCCUGUGUAUGAGGGAAAGAGCCUGGCGGGGAUGAUUGACAUGAUCAGGAAGGGGGAAAUUCCGGCGGGGAGCAACGUGCUGUAUGCCCAUUUGGGGGGUCAGCUUGCGCUGAAUGCGUACUCCGCGUUGGAAUAGGGUCUGACUAGUUUUGAGAGGUAUCCAUACCUACCUUACUCUGUUGAGAUCACUAUCCAACUUGAAAUUGAUGAAACUGGUGGUUGUGUAGCUGGCACCUUGCUAUGGGUUAUCGGAGCGAUCUGAACAGGAAGGAGCUGGCUCACUCAAGUGAAUCAACUCGAUAGAUCUUAGCCUUGGAACGACAGAACUUCCAAACAACAAUUUCGAGUUCAGCAUUCCCUAAUCCAGUGUCCUGGCUCUUGGAUUCAGGAACCGUAGUUUGUUCCGGUUUCCAUCGAAGUUUCUACCCGGCAUUCAGUUCUUGC